GAUGCCUGGGCAGGCAGUGAGCAGCUACUACCAUGGGGCCUGGAGUCCUACGUCCCUGCCUCCUGCUGCUGUGGGUCUGGGUCUGUGCCCUCCCAGCUGGCUCUGUCCUGCCCCCUGAACUCAGCAAGGCUGAAGUGACUCGAAUGUUCAAGGAUUUUAUGAUUCAGUUCAACAGAACCUACAGGAGCCCCGCAGAGCAGCACAGACGCUUCGGGAUCUUCACGCGGAGCCUGCUCGCGGCGCGGCAGCUGCAGGAGACGGAACUGGGCACGGGGCAGUACGGGGUGACCCGCUUCAGCGACUGGACAGAUGAGGAGUUCCGGGGGAUGUUCCGGAGCUCCCCGCCCCCCACCAUGCACCAGGCCCCCCGGCUCCCGAGGAAGAAGCUGCCCCCGUCCUGCGAUUGGAGGAAGGCGGGGGCCGUGACCGCCGUGAAGGACCAGGUAGGCAAGGAGUGCGGCUCCUGCUGGGCCUUUGCUGCCGUUGCCAACAUCGAGUCCCUCUGGAACAUCCACUUCCACCAGCCCCGGAACCUCUCGGUGCAAGAGGUGUUGGACUGCAGCUGGUGCGGAGCGGGGUGUGGAGGGGGCUACGUGUGGGACGCUUUCACUACGGUGCUACAAAGGCGUGGUCUGACCAGCGAGGAUGCCUACCCCUACACAGGGAGAAAGGAGACAUGCCGCAACCUCAAUGAGCCGGCAGCCUAUAUCCAGGGCUUCCAGACACUACCUGGAGAUGAGACGGAAAUAGCUGCACACGUCGCAACCAAGGGCCCAAUCACAGUUACCCUGAACUCAGCUGCCAUGAAGCAUUAUCAAAAUGGCAUCUCGGCGCCCUCAAUGGACAACUGCAGUCCAGAGCACGUGAAUCAUGUUGUCCUGCUGGUUGGCUACGGGGAGGAUGAGAAGAAAAGGCGCUACUGGGUCAUCAAGAACUCCUGGGGGGAAGGCUGGGGAGAGGAGGGCUAUUACCAUCUCUAUCGCGGCAGGAACACCUGCGGCAUCACCACGUUCCCUGUAACAGCCACUGUCACCCGUGUUGGGGCCCCAGGAUAUGAAGUCCACUGCCCCACCUGAAGGGGGUGCUGCCGCUGCAGAGAGCCUGCGGACUCCCUGCCAAGACCCCUGCCACCACCAAGACAGAAAUAACUGGGGCCUCGGGCCUUCCUUGUGUGAUGGGGGAAUGAAUUGGAUACUCAGGUUGCAAUAGCUUCGGUACCCAGAGCUGGGCUCCGCCCUUCCAGCAACACUGCCUCUAUGCGAAUGCUCCUUCCCUUUGCUGCAGCAGCGAAAGGGGCCCGUGAAACUGCCAUUAAACUGCUUUU